UGAAUGCAGUCAGGCCGAGCUCAGAUUUUUGACUUCCCUUUUGACUGAAUCCGACUCGGCUGCAGUCAUGACAAGCUACACGGAUAAAGGGGAGAAGCCCGCAAGGGGAAAGUUUGUCAGGUUUCAUCAUAUCACCUUCUGGGUUGGCAAUGCUAAACAGGCAGCGGGAUACUACUGUGAUAAGAUGGGCUUCGAGCCUCUGGCCUACAAGGGUUUGGAGACAGGCAGCCGGGAGGUAGUGUCUCAUGUCAUCAGACAGGAUAAGGUCAUGUUUGUGUUCGAAUCUCCACUGAAUCCUGGAAACAGAGAAAUGGGGGAACACUUGAUUAAACAUGGAGACGGGGUCAAAGACGUUGCUUUCCAAGUUGAGGACUGUGACUUCUUAGUCAAGACUGCUAGGGAGCGAGGCGCUGUGAUCGUCAAGCAGCCCUGGGUGGAGCAGGACAGCCAUGGGAGGGUCAAGUAUGCUGUGGUUCAGACGUAUGGAGACACAACCCACACGUUUGUGGAGUACCUCGGACCCUACAAAGGCCUUUUCCUGCCAAACUACAAAGAGCCUCUGUAUAGGGAUCCUCUGUUAGCCAAACUCCCACCAGCAGGUUUGAACUUCAUUGAUCACAUUGUUGGAAACCAGCCAGACGAUCGAAUGGUGCCAGUUUCAGACUGGUAUCAGAAGUGUCUGUUGUUCCACCGGUUCUGGUCGAUCGAUGACAAGCAGAUCCACACACAAUACAGCGCACUGAGAUCUAUUGUGAUGACAAACUAUGAAGAAACCAUUAAGAUGCCAAUCAAUGAACCUGCCACGGGGAAGAAGUUGUCACAAAUUCAGGAAUAUGUGGACUACAAUGGGGGACCAGGCGUUCAGCACAUUGCUCUCAACACGUCAAACAUUAUUCAGGCCAUUGUGAACCUUCGUGAACGAGGGAUGGAGUUCCUCGCAGCACCUGACAUGUACUACAAGACACUGAGGGAGAAACUCAGAAACGCCAAAAUCAAGGUGAAGGAGGACCUGGACCGCUUACAGGAACUGAAAAUCUUAGUGGAUUUUGAUGACAACGGUUACCUUCUUCAAAUCUUCACAAAACCCGUGCAGGACAGGCCGACACUUUUCUUGGAGGUCAUACAGAGGAACAACCACUUUGGCUUUGGGGCAGGAAACUUCAAGUCUCUCUUUGAGGCUAUUGAGAAGGACCAGGACGCCAGGGGUAACCUCACUGUGCUAACACCUGAAGGGCAGGGCAAAGCCUUUUACUGAUUCCCGACUGCUGCCGUCAAACCACACUGACUCUUAUACUGCAGGCUACAUGGCUGUGGAUGACAUCCCAUAGAGAUGAUCACUGAUGCACACGCAAUUGCAAUAUAUACGAAACCUGUAUAAGUGUUGAAAAUGUUAACGUGAAAAGCUGCAGCCAUCAUUGGACAUGCUUUAAGGUGUCAAUAAAUUGUUGUAUUUGGCUAAAUAAAAUAACUUCUGUUCAUGUAAUCCAGCAUGUAAGUUUGAGAAAAGGAGAUUCAAGUAUUAAAAGUGAAGUUUACCCUCAUUAUGUUCUUGCCGAAUUGAGAUUUGAAAAUUGAUGUCUUUAUAAAGCUGUCACUGAGAUGAAGCUAGUAGAAGUUUGGCUUAACAUGUCUUUACUGAAAUAAACAUCAUUUAAAGUCAUAUUUUAACUUGGAUUGUAAUUUACUGUGAAAUUAAACUCAUUGCAUCAACAA